ACUUCCUUGUGUGCCAGAUCACACACCCACUUGGCGGGAGGAGCCUGCAUCCUUUAAAAGUGGCGUCGGCGCGGCGCUUGAUGUGAGGUGCGGGUGACUGCGGGCGUUCAAGAUGGGCAACUGGAUUAUUAACAAUGGCGUUACGUGCGUCACGCUGGUGGUGUGGCUGGGCAUCAACAUCUUCCUCUUCGUCUGGUUCUAUCUCUUCUACGACUUGGGGGAUCAGUUCUUCUACACGCGCCAUCUCCUAGGGUCGGCUCUGGCCUGGGCGAGGGCCCCCGCCGCCGUGCUGAACUUCAACUGUCUGCUGAUCCUCCUCCCCGUGUGUCGCAACCUGCUGUCACUCAUCCGCGGCUCCCUCGUGUGUUGCAGUCGUAGUUGGAGGAAGCAGCUGGACAAAAAUAUCGACUUCCAUAAGCUGGUGGCCUACACGAUUGCCCUCAUGACAGCCGUGCACGUCAUCGCCCAUCUCCUGAACGUGGAGUGGUACAACAACAGCAGACAAGGCGACUACGACGCGCUCAGCACGGCGCUGUCCGACCUGCAGGACGCGGACAACACCACCUACCUCAACCCCAUUCGCAUCACGAGCCUUGAUCCGCAGCAAAUUCCCACUUACUUGGUGUUCACCACCAUCGCCGGCGUCACGGGGGUCAUCAUCACGCUGGCGCUCAUCCUCAUCAUCACGUCGUCCAUGGAGGUCAUCCGCCGCAGCUACUUCGAGGUCUUCUGGUACACGCACCACCUCUUCAUCAUCUUCUUCGCCGGCCUCGUCUUUCACGGCGCAGGGCGCAUCGUGAGGAGUCAGAGCAACGAGCGGCUGCACAACUUCACCAUCUGCAAGGACCGCAUCGCCGAGUGGGGGCGCAUUCCGCAGUGCCCCGUGCCGCAGUUUGCGGGUGGCUUUCCGCAGACUUGGAUGUGGGUGAUCGGCCCGAUGAUCAUCUACCUGUGCGAGCGGCUGCUGCGGUUAGUCCGCUACUUGCAGCACGUCCGAUACCGAAAGAUCGUGAUGCAUCCGUCCAAGGUGCUGGAGUUGCAGCUGGUCAAGAGCGGCUUCAAGAUGGAGGUGGGCCAGUACGUGUUCCUCAACUGCCCGGCCAUCUCGCAGCUGGAGUGGCACCCGUUCACCAUGACCUCGGCCCCCGAGGAGGACUUCUUCAGCGUGCACAUCCGCUCGGCGGGAGACUGGACCGAAAAACUCAUCAGCAUCAUGCAGGAGCUGCCCGAGGGAGCGCAGGGGCCCAAAAUGGGCGUGGACGGGCCCUUCGGCACGGCCAGCGAGGACGUGUUCGACUACGACGUGGCCAUGCUGGUGGGCGCGGGAAUCGGCGUCACCCCCUUCGCCUCCAUCCUCAAGUCCAUCUGGUACAAAUUCAAGCAGUCCAACCCCAUUCUGCACACCCGGAAGAUCUACUUCUACUGGCUGUGCCGAGAAACCAACGCCUUCGAGUGGUUCGCCGACCUUUUGCAGGUCCAAGAGAGGGAGAUGGAGGAGAGGGGCAUCGGGGACUUCCUUACCUACAAGCUCUUUCUGACCGGAUGGGACCAGAGCCACGCCAAUCACGCCAUGGUGCAUUUUGACCAGGAGACCGACGUGGUCACUGGUCUCAAACAGAAAACUCACUAUGGAAGACCCAACUGGGACAAGGAGUUUGAGCAAGUCCGCAAAGAGAACCCCACAGCUGUUGUGGGGACGUUCUUGUGUGGCCCGGUGGUUUUGGCCAAGGUCUUGGCAAAGAAGUGUGCCAAAUACUCGGACGUGGACCCGCGCAAGACAAAGUUCUACUUCAACAAGGAGAACUUCUGAGCUGGGGAAGAACAGCAGCAGCAGUUUCCUUUGGCAAGACCUGUUGGGGAAUGUUCCUCAGCGCUAAUUAAGAAAGACACACGCUUAAAAAAAACGUUUGACCACAAAAGUUUCUACUUUUGGUUGAGUUAACACCACAAACGUAUUUAAAGUCACUAGAGCAGGGUCUUCUAAACAACUCAAAAGCCCUGAAAUUGUAGCUUACAAGAAAAGUCGCAGAUUUACACUUACUUAUUACUUAAUAAUAACGAGAUGAAAUCACACUAUAGGGAGAACAAAAGUGUCGGAAUUGAAAAAUAUAAUUACAUUGCCACAAAAAAAGAUGAUUUCCCAGAUAAACUAUUAAUUUUAAAGGAAUGAAGUGACAAGACUGAGGCAAAAAAACAAGUUAUAUUUUAAACUCGUGGCAAUAUUGUGAGAAAAGUCAGAUUAAAAGAAUUUUUUAAAUGUAAGUCACAUUACAUAAAGUUUGUUUAAAAGUAUAGUCACAAUAUUACAAAAAAAAAAGUCAUUACUGUAAAAAGUUAUUUUUAAAAUUACAGUAAAAAAAUCUCUUGGAAUUUUAAAAGUCUUAUUAUUACAAGAAUAAGUGAAUUUUAAAAGAAUGUUACAAGAAACGACAAUCGUAAUUUCAAAAGAAUUAAGUUGUGUUAUCAGGAGAAAAAUUGUAAUUUUAAAAGAAUUCACAUUAUUCUGAGAAUAAAAUAGAUUAAACUGACCUCCAUGUUGCAGUCCAGUUUACAUUUUGUAAUGUACAUACUUAUUUUGCAUUAAAGUAGUUACCUGCUUUCGCGUUUGUCAUGUGAUCAAGGCCAUUAAAUAAACAAACAUGCACUUUCUUUUUGUAAAUACGAGCAUUUAUUUCUAAAGAGCUAUGAAUGAAUGAUCACACCCUCACAGUUACUGCGAAACAAAACUUGCUGUAAAAGCAUCCGACUCCGAAGUGAGGAGGAAGAAGGGAAAAGUCGAGCGGCGUGUGAUUAACGAUCCACUCUGGCCAAUGGCAGUCGUGUUGAAACUCCUUUUUAAAUGAAGAAUUAUAUUUGCAUUACUGUUGUCUUUACACUGAAAGAAAUAAAAUGCUCAAGUUUUUUUGUAACUUUUUUUUUUUUUUAUUAUUAUUGAUGAGCGAUGGGGACAAAUAAAAGGAUGAUGUGGUGA